UAUAUAAUUCCGGCGUCCGGCCUCCGUAGUCCAUGGUUGAUAUUGUCAUUAUUGUUCUGUGAUAUUAUUCAAUAUCAUGCAAUUAGUAAUUAUUUCUGAUAAUGUUAAAUAAAAAUAUGAGUGUGUUAUCUUUAGGUGUAAUGUGAAUGGUGUAUGUAAUAACCGCAUGCUGAUUGCUGAAUGAGUUAAUGUAGAAAUUGAUCAUAAUAUAUUCUAGAAAUCUGCCUUUCGUUGUAUUACCACACUUACAAAAUAAUUUUUCAACCAAAAUGACUUCAAUUAUAAAUUAUCCAUUCCGGAUCUGUAGGUCUAUCUUGACUACUUCAUUAGCAACGGAAAGUAGGAUAAAUGGUAUAAUGGGCUAUAACAUUAUUCAUCGUAAAAUGUCAGAUGCUGCUGCUGAUGAGUGUAAAGAACAAUUAAAAGGAAGUAAAGAUAAGAUUGAUAUUGAAGCACUUGUAAAACAAAAUGAAGAUUUACAUGAGGAAAAUAAAAAUUUAACCGAAAAGGUUAGGAGAUAUUUAGCUGAAACAGAAAACAUUCGCAAACGUACUAUUAAAGAAACUGCUGAUGCUAAAAUUUAUGCAAUUCAAGGAUUUUGUAAAGAUUUGCUAGAUGUGGCCGACAGUUUAAGUAAAGCUACUGAAUGUGUACCAAAAGAAGCAGUAUGCGAUAGUAAUCCACAUUUGAAACAUUUAUAUGAAGGCUUGGUGACUACUGAAUCACAAUUACAAACGAUUUUCCAAAGACAUGGGUUAAUGUCUAUAAAUCCUUUAAAUGAAAAAUUUGAUCCCAAUUCUCAUAAAGCUUUAUUUGAACAGGUUGUUGAAGGCAAAGAAGGAGGUAUUGUGGUUGUUGUUUCCCAAAUUGGAUAUAAAUUACAUGAACGUAUCGUAAGAGCAGCUGCUGUUGGAAUUAGCAAGGAACCAAAUCAAUAAAAAUCUAUGAAGUCCUUAAUUUAAGUACUUGUUGUGAAAAUAAUCAAGAAUAUAAAUGAAUAUACAGCCCAUAGUUUAAGUAGAUUUAAAAAAAAAAAAUUAUGUAGUUUAUUUUUUUCAUACAAUUAUUUGAAAUUAAUUAUACUUAUUGUGAUAUAAUAUGCUACAUACCACAGAAUAGAAUAAUACAAACCAUACAAACCUUAUUCCAUGAUCUGACAGGUAUAAUUUAUUGUAUUGUCUAAGGAUUUAGGAGAAAGAAAAUUAUAAUUUUUGCUAUACUAUAUUUUAAUAAAAUAAUUAUAAUAUAA